CUUGCGCACACACACAUACAUAAAGCCAACGUAAAUAAACAUAUUUCAGACACAAAAAUAUCUUUAAUUAAAUAAUUCAGAAAUGGAGCCACGAUCUAGAUCAAAAUCACCCAAACCAAGAUCUCCAGCAUCAAGACGAGCAGCAGCUGUUAGAAAAUUACGUCGAAUGAAUGAGGAACAGCUAAAAGCCGCACUGCUGAAAAAGAAGGAAUGUAAUGACAAGGCACAUAAAAUUGUGGAGAAGCUGAUUGACCCAAUUGAAGAUGAGAAAAUGCUGCUUAAGAUGCUUGUAGAUAUUAAUCAGUCACACUAUCAAGAUAUAACCGAAGAGAGGGCAAUAAUGAAACUUUGUGGAUAUCCAAUAUGUAAAGAGGUGAUAGAAGAGAUUCCAAAGCAGCAAUUCCAUAUCUCAGUAGCAACAAAAACAGUUUACGACCUAACAGACCGGAAGAAUUUUUGUAGUGGAUCAUGUAUGAAGAAAUCCAAUUUCCUUAAAUCGCAGCUGCUGACAAGUCCUUUGUGGAUGCGUGAUCAAGAAGAUAUUCCAGAUUUUAAGCUACUUUCAUUGGAUGACAAAUAAAAAUGAUAAUUUAUAAAGGA